CCGUUCACAGGGUGACGAUGAGUGUCCUUGGUGAUGGGAUGCCUUUGGCCCCACUCACGGGAGAGGAAAUAGUCGGCAUUGGAGUCGGCGUCAAAGAAGAGCUCAGCAAAGAUUUCCCCGAAGAUGCAUGCUUGGAAAUUAAAGAGGAACCACUUGAUUAUGGAGAUGAAACAAGAAAUGAUGUGUGUAACAUGAAAGUGAUACAUGAAAGUCAUUUUUUUCAUAACCUUCAUGAUCUAAGACAUGAGGCACAUGCAAAAGACUCAUGUAACUUGGUUAAAGAUUGUAAUGACAUGUCAAAAGUGCCCUUUGGGGCUAAGGACUGUGGGAAGACGUGUUCAUCAGAUGGGGUUCAAGUGAUGUAUGAGGAAAGACUGAAGGAAGAACCACAACUAAAAGUGGAAUCCAUAAGGAAAUGUUUUGCAUGUGAGGUGUGUGGCAAGGAAGUGUCUCAAAAGAGUCACAUCAACUUUCACAUGGGAGUCCACACAAAUGAAAAGCCAUACAACUGUGAGAUUUGCAAUAAGACAUUCCCAUCCAAAAGCGAUUUAGAAAAGCAUGUUGACGUACACACAGAGGGGAAGCCAUACAACUGUGAGAUUUGCAACAAGGCCUUCCCAUAUGAAUCUAGUUUUUUUAAUCAUAUGACAAUGCAUACAGAUGAGAAACCAUUCCGCUAUGAACUUUACAACAAGUCCAUCUCACAGAAGCAUAAUCUGGUGAAGAACAUGAGAAAACAUAUAGCUGUGACACUUGCAGAGAAGCCAUACAAUUCUCAAAUUUGUAACAAAGACUUCUCAAGCAAAUCUAAAGUAGCAAUUCAUAUGAGAGUACAUACAAAGGAGAAGCCAUACAAAUGUGAGAUUUGUAACAAGAACUUUUCGCAUAGAGCUAAUCUAGCGCGUCAUAGGAGAUUGCACACAGAGGAGAAGCCAUACAGUUGUGAGAUUUGUAACAAAGGUUUUUCAGAGAAAUAUCGUCUAGAAAGUCACAUGAGAAUUUGCAGUAAAGACUUCUCAGAAAAAUCGAACCUAAUAAUCCACAUGAGAGUACACAGAAAAGAGAAGCCAUACAGCUGUGAGAUUUGCAAUAAGGCCUUCUCAUUAAAAAGUAAUCUAGUAAGCCACAUGAGAGUUCAUACACAGGAGAAACCAUAUAGCUGUGAGAUUUGCAAUAAAGACUUCUCAUAUAAAUCUAGCCAAAUACAACAUAUGAGAGUACAUAUGAAGGAGAAGCCAUGCAUCUGUGAGUUUUGCAAUAAGGGUUUCUCACAGAAAGGUAGUCUAGUGGGACAUAUAAGAAUACAUACAAAGGAAAAGCCAUACUGCUGUGAGAUCUGUAAUAAGGUCUUUGCUUUGAAAGGUGGUUUAGUAAAGCACACUAGAGUACAUACGAAGGAUAACCCAUAA